AUGAAUCUCUUGCACUCGGCAGGGUUUGCGUCAUAUGUGACAGAGUUGAUAAAUCAGCAGCAUGUCCCGGGGCUGGCGAUUGCAAUCAUACACAAUGAUCAAAUUGCCUCUGCGGGAUAUGGACAUGCGAGCGUGGAUCCCGAAAUACCUUGCACAGCAGAUACGCUGUUUGACAUUGCAUCGUCUGCUAAAUCACUCACUGCUGCGGCGGUGGGAUUGCUAGUCGACGAUAAUGACAUGUUCCCGGAUAUUCAGUACGAUGCUGUAAUGUCGACUCUUAUCCCCGAGGACUUUGUUAUGUCUGGAGAAGGAUACACAGAAGGAGUCACCGUGGAAGACAUCUUAAGUCAUAGAAGUGGAAUGCCUUGCCAUGACGAUUCGUAUAUGAGUGUGAGAGCGGCAAAGCCAGACAAUGCUCGAUCCAUUACGAGAAACCUCAGGAAUCUCCCUGUCGCUGCUCCCAUUCGAUCAAAGUAUAUUUACUGCAACAUGAUCAGCGCACGAUCAAAAGGAUUCGAAUCCUGCAUGGCAACUGGCUACACAUGGAAAAGAGCCGACUCAACAUAUCGUGGGUUAGAAAAUCCAGACUGCCCAGAAGGCCAAGGCGCAGGGUCUGUCAUUUCGAGCGUGAACGACUUCAUCAAAUUUGUCAAGGCUUUUAUGAAUCGCGAAGACCCUAUCAAUAAGAAUGUUUAUGAAGGGCUCACUCGCCUGCGAACUUUUGUGAAUCCAAACCCAGGAAGACGGAAGCGGCACACCUCACCGGUAGCAUAUGCUGCUGGCCUGGAUAUCUACUUUUACAAGGGACAUAUGGUUGUCGGCCAUAAUGGGGUAUUCUCUGGAUUCGGAAGUCGCUUCUUCUUUCUCCCUGAUUUCUCAUUCGGUACUGUGAUCAUGGGAAACUCAGAUGGGGCAAAUGGCGUUGCGGCGACCCUUGUCCAAAAGCUAAUUGACAAUCUCCUUGGAGUCACGGACGAAAGACCUCAUGACAGCAAAAGCAAAGCCACACGACCUGUUGAAAUUCGCGGUCCAAAACCCCAGGCCGAGGCGAAAGAUGCAAAUCCAAUGAGUAAGAACCAGGGAAAGAAGGAGAAGAAAAAGCAGGAAAAGAAAACCCAAGCGAAGAAAAGUCAAGGUAUCCAGAAGGGCCAAUUGAAUGAACAAAUACCAAAAAGGAAUACUCCGCAGCCACCGACAAUGCCUCUCAGUGCUUACGCUGGCAACUACUGGAAUCCUGGGUAUCAUAACUUACUGGUUCAAAUCAGAGAUGAUGCGCUCUUCAUCGAUGCUACAGAUCGCUCAAUGGGGUUUACCUUGAAAUUCGAACAUGUGUCCGAUGACCGAAAAUUCGAUGCUCAUCUUACUGAUUGGCUCGAUGGCAGUGAUGACAUCGUAAAAGCGGAGUUUGUAAUAGAAGAUGCUCAAGUCACAAGGUUGGGUCUGCAGUUGGAGGAAAUGCUCAAGGAAAUGAUCUGGCUCGAGAAGAAGGAUGAAAGAGUGAGUAUCUUGAAUUGA